AUUUCGAACAAGCACAACAAGAGACAAGCCUGCUCAUUCUCGGCUCGUUUACAGCCCUUUCUCGAAGCAAGAUUUCAAUCCAACUCUUCUCCGGCGAGCUACACUUCGGGGUUCGGCCUGAGAAUCCUCUUCAUGCAUGGCGGCCGCUACUGGCUGCUGCUCCUCACUAUUUUCGUUUUCAGUCCUGGUCACAUCCUCUUCCUCCCAAGCAGAAAGAACCUCGAGGUCCUUCAAGCUUAGGGAUGGGUGGACUUUGCAGCGGUCAAACCCCGUAGGUUUAGGAAUGAGCUGGCUUCAAUGCUCUGCACGAAGGGGGAAGUGCAGAUGCAUAUCGAGGCUAAAAUGUUAUGGCAGCAUCGUCAAAGUGCGCUCAUCUAACGUAGAUCUUGGAGCUGGGAGUUACGAAGAUGGGAGUCGCGAGGACAGCCCAAGGAAUCUCGCCAACGGUUCUAAUUCUCCGGCUUCUCCUAAAUU